AUGGCGUGUCCCUUUGUCCCAGUCUCUGUCCCUAUGCAAAGGACCCUGUCAGAUCACAAAAAGACUCAAUCUGAGUGGACCUCUUCUCUGGACAGUCUGUCUGAAAGUCCAGACUCCACCUUUAGGAACUCAUGGGUGAGAAGAGGUCCAGCCAGAACUUAUUACCAUCAGGAUCCAGAGUUACCCAUGAGAAUGAACGGGGAAGAGUACGACAACUGCCUGGCCAGUGACGCUUUGAGCCAUGACUCAGAAGAAAGACCACCUGUCCUCACUCUACUGGGCUAUGAGAUUAUGGAGGAAAGAGCAAAGUUCACAGCCUAUAAGAUCUUGGUGAGGAGGGUGCCCAAUGAGAGUUGGGUGAUUUUCAGACGAUACACAGACUUUUCCAGGCUUCACGAUAAGCUGAAGGAGGUGUUUCCCAGAUUUCGUCUCUCCCUGCCACCCAAGCGCUGGUUCCGAGACAACUAUGAUGUGGAGUUUUUGGAGGAGAGACAGUUUGGCCUGCAGGCCUUCCUGCACAGUCUCAUGGCUCAUACAGACAUAACAGACAGCGAAGCAGUCAGACGGUUUCUGUGUCUGGAUGAUCCGCCUGGUCCCUUUGACAGUUUGGAAGAGAGUCGGGCUUUUUGUGAAACCCUGGAGGAGACUAAUCAUCGUCUCCAGAGGGAACUGGGAGACAAACAGAGAGAAAUUGUAUCACUCAGGAAAGUGUUAGAAGAUAGAGAGCUUCAAAUCGGCAUUCUUCAGAAAACACUUAAGUGUGAGAUCCAGCUACCAAAGAGGAGUUAUGCAGCCUGCUGGUGUGGUCCAGCGACUCAUAGCCACCCAUCUAACCACAUCUCAGUGUCCAAGGUCGUUGAAGACAAGGUUUAG